AGCUAUGAUCCGCGGGGCGCAACUUCAUCCCCAACUGACCUCCAAGCAAGGGGGCUAUUACCUAAAAUCCGGUACCAAUCGGAUUUGGGUUCCUGCCUACCGUACCCUACGCGAGCUACUGAUACAGGAGGCACAUGACUCGAAUUUCUCGGGUCACUACGGCAUCGACAAAGCUGCCAAAUUACUGAGCCGUAAUUAUUACUGGCCCGAUGUGUCGACAGGUGUGCAGCAGUACGUCACCUCCUGCGCCACGUGUCAACGCAUGAAGUAUUCACGGCUUCGACCUGCGGGAUUGCUGCAGCCGCUCAAGCCACCCAGCCGACCCUGGCAACAAGUGACGAUAGAUUUCGUCACUGGCCUGCCAGCUGGUUCAAGCGGUAACGACGCGAUUCUUGUCGUCGUUGACCGGUUGACCAAGAUGGCCCACUUCGCCGCCUGCAAGAUGACAAUCACUGCCGAGCAGACAGCGAAACUGUUCCUCACAAAAAUCGUGCAGCUACACAGCAUUCCUCGGCCUUGACGGUCGCAUGAAAUGGCGAGAGGUUUAG